CAUCUUCAUGCAGCUUAGUUGUGAAUGUGAUACACUGAAGUAUUAUACCCGAUUUGUUACUUUCAAUUUGUAACUAAGAAUCAUGCACAGAAUUACAGCUGCUAGUAUACAUGGGAACAAGAAGCUAAUAGAGCUAUUCAAGAAGAGACUGCCUAAAUAUACAAAAUAUUGUACUCUUACAACAAAUCCCAACCCCUUGCCAAAUGAUAUAUUGAACACUACAGUUAAUGAAUUUAAUAAUGACGGACUCCAACGCUUAGCCAAGUUGUUUCCAAGAUGUGAAGAAUUUCCAGCUCGGCACAUUGGACCCAGGGAACAUGAACAGACACAGAUGCUGGAACUUCUUGGAUUUAGAACUCUUGAUGAAAUGACAGACAAGGCUGUUCCUGCUAAAAUUCGACUUAACAAAGAUUUGGAAAUUGAAGAACCAGUGGGAGAAUACGAGUUGAUAAAUCGCAUCAGAGAGAUAGCUGAGAAAAACAAAAUCUGGAGAAGCUACAUUGGAAUGGGUUACAAUAAUUGCUGUGUGCCACACACGAUCAUGAGAAAUAUAUUUGAGAAUCCUGGAUGGACAACUCAGUAUACACCUUACCAACCAGAGGUUGCUCAGGGCCGUCUGGAAGGGCUCCUCAACUACCAGACAAUGGUCACUGAUCUGACUGGUAUGGAAGUGGCUAAUGCUUCCUUGCUGGAUGAGGGUACUGCAGCAGCUGAAGCCAUGAGUCUUUGUCAUAGGCAGACCAAGAGGUGGCGCCUGUUCCUUUCUGACCAACUUCACCCUCAGACUGUGUCAGUGGUCCAGACUAGAGCUGACUCACUGGGGCUUACAGUUGAGUUGGGAAAUGUGUUUGCAGCAGACUUUUCCAAUCGAGAUGUUGCUGGGGUGCUUUUCCAGUAUCCAGAUACUGAGGGUUCUGUUCAUGAUUUCUCUGAAGUAGUCCAGAGAGCUCAUUCCAAUGGUACUCUGAUUUGCUGUGCUACAGACCUGCUAGCACUCACACUACUUCGUCCUCCGAGUGAGUUUGAUGUGGACAUCUCUGUAGGAACUAGCCAGCGAUUUGGCGUGCCUCUUGGCUACGGAGGUCCCCAUGCAGGUUUCUUUGCUUGCAGACAAUCACUGGUUAGACUCAUGCCUGGCCGCAUGAUAGGAGUCACUCGGGAUGCAAGUGGCCAUGAUGCAUACCGCCUGGCCUUACAGACUAGAGAGCAACACAUCAGGCGAGAUAAGGCAACCAGCAACAUCUGCACAGCCCAAGCACUUCUAGCCAACAUGUCAGCCAUGUAUGCUGUGUACCAUGGACCUCAUGGACUGAAGGAAAUUGCAACCAGGAUUCACAAUUCAGCUCUUCUGUUGAGUGCAGGCGUUCGGGAAUGUGGAAACACUGUUAUCAAUCAAGUAUUCUUUGAUACAGUACGAAUUAGCCCAGCAAUGGAUCAGGGCGAGAUUCAACACAGGGCUCGCCAAAAGCAAAUCAACCUCAGAUUUUAUCCUGAUGGAACGGUAGGUGUCUCACUUGAUGAAACAGUCAGGAUUCAAGAUGUGGAGGACUUACUCUGGGUCUUCGGUUCAAGACUGUCAGCUGAAGAGGUGGCUGGUAGCUGUAACCUCAACGAAGGCAGCAUAUUUCUGUCAAGUUUUCGUCGCACAUCUCCAUAUCUCACUCAUCCUGUAUUCAACUCAUACCAUUCAGAGACUCGUAUUGUGAGAUACAUGAAAACAUUGGAGAAUAAAGAUGUAUCAUUAGUACACUCCAUGAUACCUCUUGGAUCUUGUACUAUGAAGCUGAACAGUACUACAGAAAUGCUGCCAUGCAGUUUCCAGCACUUUACUGACAUUCACCCAUUUGCACCACUGGACCAGUCACUUGGUUACCAGCAACUGUUUGAAGAGCUGCAACAAGACUUAUGUGCCAUCACCGGGUAUGACAGAAUCUCAUUCCAGCCUAACAGCGGAGCACAAGGAGAAUAUGCUGGACUGAGGGCUAUUAAGUGUUACCACGAAGCAUGUUCUGAGGGACACCGUAACAUCUGUCUCAUACCAAUAUCUGCUCAUGGCACCAACCCUGCCUCUGCACAAAUGGCUGGUAUGAAGGUUGAACCAAUAAAUGUAAGCCGUGAUGGAAGCAUUGACAUCUCUCAUCUUGCAUCUAAGGUUGAGAAGCACGGAAAAAACUUGGCUUGCCUCAUGAUCACUUACCCAUCAACAAAUGGAGUGUUUGAAGAAACUAUUGCUGAUGUCUGUCAGAUGAUCCACGACAAUGGUGGACAGGUAUACCUUGAUGGAGCGAAUAUGAAUGCACAAGUUGGCUUGUGUCGCCCAGGUGACUACGGUUCUGAUGUGUCUCAUCUGAACCUCCAUAAAACAUUCUGUAUCCCUCAUGGUGGUGGGGGUCCUGGAAUGGGUCCAAUAGGAGUGAAAGCUCACUUAGCACCAUUUUUACCCACACAUCCUGUAGUGAACCCAAUGGCUGAUAUGGGUCGUCAUUCAAAAUCAUUUGGCGUUGUAAGUGCAGCUCCAUUUGGAUCAUCUGCAAUUCUUCCUAUCUCAUGGGCAUAUAUCAAGAUGAUGGGACCACGUGGACUGAGGAAAGCAACUCAGGUGGCAAUUCUGAAUGCUAAUUACAUGAGCAAAAGAUUAGAAGGUCAUUACAAGACAUUAUUCAAGGGACAAAAGAGUUCGCUUGUAGCUCAUGAAUUCAUUCUGGAUGUUCGAGAUUUCAAGAAGACAGCAAACAUUGAAGCAGUCGAUAUUGCCAAGCGACUUAUGGACUAUGGUUUCCACGCACCCACAAUGUCAUGGCCUGUCGCUGGGACUCUGAUGAUUGAGCCAACUGAGUCUGAAGACAAAGAGGAACUGGACAGGUUCUGUGAUGCCUUAAUUUAUAUCAAACAAGAAAUAAAUGACAUAGAGGAAGGGAGGAUGGACAUCCGCACCAAUCCUCUUACAAUGGCCCCUCACACACAAGCGCAAGUGAUCUCAAGUGACUGGAACAGACCAUACACAAGGGAACAAGCUGCAUUUCCAGCUCCAUUUGUUCAUGCUGAAACAAAAGUGUGGCCAAGUGUUGGAAGAAUUGAUGAUAUAUAUGGAGAUAAACAUCUCGUCUGCACUUGCCCACCAAUUUUACCAGCCUACUGAUCUGUAUUUUGACAUGUUUUGCAUACAAUUAAGAAUUAUAGAAUGAAGUUCCUUCCUCUUUUAUGUUGUUUUAUUUCGUGUUUCAUUGUGGAAAUGUCAAAAUAUAUUUACUUAAUAUAUACUAUCAGACAUGCAGAAAUGUAUUCAGUAGAAAGCAUGCUCAAAGAAAUGCAGAAGAGGUAAAUAAUGUUUUGAGAUUUGAGGUCUAGUUGGUGGUGUGUAUUAAGAUACGCAAUCUGGAAUGUAAUGCUAUGAUAUUUUGAUAUUUAAGAUUAUUUAACAGUGUUGUCUGAAUAUCACAGGUUAUACAGCAUCAAAUACAGAGUGAAGUCAGUUGUUUAGUGUAAGAAGGGAAAUAGAACAAAGUGGUCAUAA